CCAAGUAUGAUGAGCUCAUUUACUAGCAUCGUAAACACUACCUUAAUGGUUCGUCUCAGGCUCAUUCAAUGUAAUCCUCGUGAUCGGUGUCCACGCUUGGUCCCCAAAUGCUUUGGACCAUGUUAUCAUCGACUACAGGCACCGCAUUGGCACAGGAUAACCAGAGUCCUGGACACACACAGUGGGCCUCCUAAGGUUACACUGGAGGGAAUUGAUCUAGUGCCGUGACGGCGCUAGAAACCUGGUGAACUCUGAGUUCAAAACCGGUUCCUUAUCAUUAGACGUCAGCCACUGUCAUUGUCUAGCUACUCUUCCCAUCUAGUACUUGCAACUAGAUUACUGACUGACAUGUUACAGUUGAACGUAGCAUUCUCUUGCUGUUUGUGCCUUGAAUAUGAUCAGUGCAGCACCGUAUUCUCGAGGUUUGUGCCAUGAUGAACCACUGACCCGCUUCUCUUAAGUGUAAGCAGCACCUUGUGGCCGCAAGCCUGGCCCGUGGGGUAUUUCUAGCGCCUCUCCCACCUUCUCCUCUGCACUGCAGGUGGUCUUCUUCAUCAAGUCUAAUAUCUAGGAUCGAUCGAAACUGCGACCACGUUCGUUCGUAUCCUCCGCGAGUUGAUUGUCCUGCAAAACUACCAGAGAGACGCCGGAAGUGUGCCUGCUCGUUUCUUUCUCCUUCACGGACAUGUGAACGCUGCUGCGCGUGGGUGGUUCUGGUUCGUUUGGACAACGGGGUGCUACAUAUGCUUCCGUGCAGAAGUUGUUGCGAUUGAGUUGUGUGCCUACAUACUCAGAUCAGAAGAUACCAGUGCACCAUCUGAUAUUCCCUCAGCUUCCUGCUUGGAGGGCGUCGAGAAGAAGGACCUGUUUGCAGUGCCUCAUAUAUUGACAAGUAAAUCUGGGGUCUAAUUGUAAGCCGCUUAGAUAGCACCGGCAGCAGAGUUUAAGCUUCUCAAGGUGUCUUAUCGCGAACUUAUAGCCGUGUUCGCUCGGCUCUAUCAGCACGUAGGUCACUUCACACUAGACUCCUAAUUGGUGAAUAUUUGCUGAUUCUAGUCGUUCCCUCCUACUGUAAUCCUGUUGUCUAGAGUGUUUGGCCUUUUACGGAAGCAUGCUUUCUGCUGUCUGUCAUGAUAACUAGUAGAAAGUCGAGACUGUGGACCAGCAUCACCAACCUUUGACGCGAGGGCAUUCGAUUGCUAUUAUUGCGCUUGAGUACCUGGUCAACUAUCACUAGCUAAGAAACAAUUACUCCUACACUGCAUCAAUGCCACUGCCUUUCAUUAUGCUCAGCGACAUCUCAGAACUUUGGCUUGUUAGAAGGGAUUGGAUUUUACCAGCACAAUUCAGCUCUCAGUAAGCUGUUGGGUCGCGAAGGAAUCAGAAACGUUCUCUACUGUCUUGUUUAUUCUCUUGGCGUAUUGUCUUUUUUAUAACUUCUGGCUGGAUCCUCUCGACGUGAAGUGAUCAUCAAUACUCAACACUCCUCUUGGCAAGCUAUUGGCUUAUUGUGGACCUACCGUUUACAGUCUUCAUCGAAGUCCUAGCCGAAACCUACCUCCAAUAGAUAAGCCUUUCACUGAAAAAGGCCCGAGGCUUGUGUCAUUCCUUGAAGUAGUCUGUCUAUCUCCUCGGUUUCUGUGACCUUGACAUGUGCGCUUCUUGUACACUGCAAUAUUCUGCACCACCGAAGCUUCGAAUUCAUAUACAAGGCAGUGUUCAUUAAUCGGGGAUUUCAUCAAAUCAAGGGCUUUGGUGGAAUUGCAUUGACGACUGAGAUAUUGUGAGGUAUUCACAAUGGGUUCAAGUUACCAUUACUAUACCAAGCCGUUGCUCCCCGGCCGCGAAAAUAUUGUGGCUUUCUCGUCUGGGAACAUGGGCAGUUGUGACUGCGAUGACUCUUCUCAAAUAUCUCGCCAACCUCUUCACCUCGACCAGCGAUUUAUCUUCAGAGCAGUGUUUCCGGGUGGAUCAAGCGAUGCUAGCACUGAAUACGAUGAUGACGAUGAAGGAGCAAGUCAGAAGCUAAGAUUCACCAAGGCACAGUUGAGGCAUCUCGAAGACACUUUCGAAAGGCUGCAACGGCCAAACGCUCAUCAGAAGGCCACAUUGGCUAUGGAGUUGGGAGUUCAACCACGACAAGUGGAAGUAUGGUUCCAAAAUCGCAGAGCAAGAGGCAAAGCCAAGCGCACGGAGACUGACUGUGAGGUACUCCGGCAGCGUUGCCAGGACCUCAUUGUGGAGAACCAUCAGCUUAACUAUCUCAUUCAGUCAGAGAGAAUGGGUUACGACAGUCACCACCUCAUGGCGAACGGCAAAUCCCCUUUGCAACUGCAGCUCGCUCUGUGCAACUCCUGUAAGAAAGUCCGAAGCUGAUCGUCUCCGCCAGGGCAUGCAGCUCCCUCCAGUGAGACGCAUGGAUCCGAAGCAGCCCGUCCAGACCCACACAUACACACACACCUCACUGUGACAAAAAAUAUCGCCGGAGCCAAUUAUGCGCUACCAGCCAAGUGUCCACAAUUAACGGUUCAAUGACGAUGCAACCGCAUCAACGCGGCUCAACGGCGACCUCGAUUUGUAUCCACUAACAUGAUCAUCGACUGUCUCCCCAAUCCUGCAGGUCUCAUCAGCUCCGAUGACGAUCUCGUAGCUAUAAUCAACGCUAGAUUUUUGAUCACCGUGAAAUAGGGCUGCUCAAGAAUCAAGGCCUAGUUUAUAACCCCAGUUGUUAAUCAAUAUACACGAAAAUGCUCCACGAUUCGGACCUCCACAAAAACCAGGAUUAGUUUAUACGGAAUACACGUUGGCUAGCAAUACAACUUACGUAAUGUUUAUCUGGAGCAUAGAAACUCUUCUAGUUUUCAUGACAAUUUCUUGGAACCCAGUUUUGCUCAUCCUGUAAGUAAACCUGUUAGCUUGUGUUAUGGCCC